AUGCCAGUUAGAGGUGUGCCAGGUUUCCCUGUGACCUUCUUCCCCCAAAGCCUCAAGGUAAUAUCCGACCUCACCUUGCCUUCCAUUGCCUUCAGGUUCCAUACCUUCCUUGCCUUAGCGACGGAUGCAAGCUGCCGACUUUACCUUACAUUAGGUAUUAGUUGCUUACUUUAUUUUCCACCAGAGGUAGCAGACGACGACUGCAAGAUUCUGCCGGGUGUGCCUCAGCACUUACGCACUUACGUACCCGUCACUGAUUACCUCAACCUUGGCGACCUUAUCCAUCACCUUCCUUUCCCUCGGGUUCACGCUUCGCCUCAGCACACACCUACCUUACACACUCGCGCGACAUACCCACCUCAUCGAGACGUCCCUCUCCCCAAACACCCACAACCUUCAACUCCGCCGACCCAGGCUCCAAGAACCUCCAACCUACGCACGAUUUGGCCAACCUUCGAGUGCACGCCCUUCACUCCGUCACACUCGCCUAAUUCCGUCCUCAACAUUGCCAACCAUCGCAUUGCAUUCGCGCAGCCCGACGACGACUUGCACCUCGCCUGA